ACGUGACCAACCCGUGACGUGACCGCAUGUAAGGUAUCUAAUAUUACUGUCGUUUCAAGUUUCCAGCGAACAUCGUCAAAAUGAUGUUGAUAGAAGUUAUUUUUUUUAUCGGUUUGUUCGGUUUAUCUUGCGCCCAGAGCACAAACAGUCCAGAUCCGAUUACUGUCACCGCCGCUGUGGUGGUACCGUAUAAAGAUGCUAACUUUACGGGUUCUGCCUGGUUCCCUGUAGACGUCACGGCCUUCAAGAAUAAAAUGUACAUCGACCAAUUCUGGCCAGCCUGUGAACUGAGCUUUGAGGAAGCCCGGAAUAAGUACAAUGUAAUCUUCGACGUGCAGUACUACACCUAUCAGACCUGCCAGGUGAUGGUGGCCUGGUUUUCGGCACACGUCAUGACGGACAUUGUCCGAAACCGAUCGCGGCCGGUGGAUGUCUUCAUUGGACCUCCCUGCGCGCAGGAUGUACUGCAGGCGGGAGUGAUCAGCACGGUGUUUCCGACGAUGGUGCUCACUGGUGGAGCGACGCUCACGGAUAAACUUGAGCAAUUUCCUAACGUGAUUCGCUGUGCGUUUUGCACGUACACGCAGUGGUCAGGCAUGCUGGACAUGGCCCGACAGUUCAACUGGACCAAUUUCGCUGUUGUUUUCGACGAUGCGGAUAAUGCUCGGGUCAUUUGGGCGAACAGCCUAAUGAUCCGAUUGACCAAUAACAACUAUACGUACACCCAGUUUUCUUUCUAUGCCGGCGUUGACGUGAACACCUUACUAGACUCCAUCCAGAAACAAGCUAGAAUUGUCGUUAUUCUGUGUCCAACGCGAAUUCGCGAAUUCAUGAUCACUGCGCGUGCCAAAGGGAUGACUAAGGGGGAUUAUAUCUAUUUUUCAUUGAAUACCUUUCCCAACAACAGUAUACUGCAAUAUAAGAACAUCGAAAAUUGGCAGCACGGUGAUUCGAAUGAUACCAUUGCCAUGGAAGCCUAUCAGUCUCUGUUCUUCUGGGCGGUUCGCGACGCUAGCAAUACUCCCACAUAUGACGCCUUCCGCGCUGCUCUAAGAGAACGCUCGCUCGAGGGACCAUAUCCGGAUUCCGAUUAUGAUAUUAAUUAUUUCGCAGUGACCUUUCACGACUGUAUUGUGGCUUUGUCUGCCGGACUGCGCAACGCUCACGAUGCCGGUGUCGAUUUUCGUUCCAACUACACUGCAGUGUUGCAGAAGUUUGUGAAAAACACAUCCAUCACAGGUCCUGCUGGUCCAAUGCACAUUGCCUCCAAUGGAGACCGGAAUGAUGAUUUUGCUUUGUAUGGUAUCACCAAUCGAAAUUCUGGGACGUAUUCGGUUGUGGGGCAGUACCUGGGAUCGAGUAAUUCUUUUACACUGAACAAGGAGGCGAUACUGUGGCCGGGUGCGAACAACACACCCCCAUUAAACGAGCCGGAGUGUGGCUAUUUGGGCGACGACCCCGCUUGUCACGUAGAAAGCGAUUACACCGUGCCGAUUGCCGUUGGACUGGCCGUUCCUUCCGGCAUCAUACUGGCCAUUGCGAUUGUGAUAUAUUACCGUCGCGCCAAAGCACAGGAAAAAGAGGACCAGAUGUGGAUCGCCCACUGGCAUGAGCUGGAGGUCGUCCGGCCUGGUGGACCGUCAGCCAACGAACACGACGAAGGAAGGAGCGAGGAGAAAGACGAAAACCACGAAACAUCCGAGCAUGCCGACAGUAUGCCGGAUGGAGGGGAAAAUAAGAACGGCGAUAAACCUCACGAAGGAACAACAGAAAAAGAAGCGGGAAUUAAAGUGACGAUUAAUACCGGCAUAUGGCGAAAGCAGGCGGUUACAGUGCGGUGGUCGAAGAAGCGUCGUUUACGGUUAACUAGAGAGAUCAUCCGGCAAGUGCGCGAUGUACGCACUCAGGUGCACGAUAACUUGAUCCUUCAAGGGGCGUGUCUGGAAGAUGACCGCAUACUGAUCAUAUACGAAAACUGCGCUAAGGGAUGUCUUACGGACUUGAUAAACGAUAUGAAUCUCAAGCUGGACUGGACACUGCGCUUUUCCCUAAUGAGUGACUGCAUGAAAGGUGUAUCCUACAUACAUAAUCACGUGCUGCGCGUACAUGGCCGGGUGAAUUCUAUGUGUUGUUACGUGGAUUCACGGUUUAUGUUGAAAGUCGGAGACUACGGGUUGAAUGCCUUUUUUGAGCUGACUUUGGCGGAAUUAUGGGCCGCCAAGCGUGAACCGGACUAUCUGACGGCGCAGCUGUGGAAAGCGCCGGAGCAUCUGAAGGCUGAGGCACAAUCCCGCUACGAAGUGAUCAGCUCGGUUAGUCAAAAAGGUGACGUUUACAGCUUUGGGAUCAUCAUCCAGGAGCUGAUUCUGCGAUCGAAACCAUUUUCCAUGUAUGCGAUUCCCGAAGAAGAAAUAAUCGAGGCUAUCAAAAUGAGUGUCAACGAGAUUCAUCCACGAUUUGUGCCGAAAAUUGACGAAACAGCGUGCCCGGCAGAGUUGGCGGAUCUGUGCGAUCAUUGCUGGGCGGUGGAUCCAGCCAAACGACCCAACAUGGUACAAGUGCGUGCCAGCCUGAAGGAAUUGGGCAAACAACUUGGAAUGGGAGAAAGAAGUAACAUAUUAGACACUCUUCUGCAGCAGAUGGAGGAUAUGGAGCUGAAUCUGCAGGCGAUCGUGGAUGAAAAGGGGGAAAUGCUGUUGGACGAGAAGAAUCGUAGUGAUGAACUUCUUUAUAGCGUUCUGCCAAGGGAAGUGGCGGAAGUGAUUAAGAAAGGCGAAAAAGCCAGAGCCGAAAAUUUCGAGCAGGUCAGCGUGCUGCAUUGUUCGGUUCCGGAAUAUCUGGAACUGGCUGCGGAGAGUUCAGCCCUGCAGAUGGUGGAUUUGAUCAACGACUUGGCUGACCAUUAUGAUGCAAUUAUCAACAAAUACGAGGCGUACAAAAUUGAUACGUUCAAGGACAACACACUGAUUGUCUCCGGACUCCCCCGACGGAACGGAAUCUUUCAUGCCCGAGAGAUCGCCAGGGUCGCGCUGAAUCUCUUGUUUAUGGUUAGGAGUUUUCGUGUCCGUCAUCGACCUACAGCGCGUAUCACAAUCCAAAUGGGUGUUCAUGCCGGUCCGGUAAUGGCGGGUGUGGUGGGGAGCCGUGUACCGCGCUACCUGCUGUUUGGGGAUACUGUCAGUGUAUCAUCUCAGAUGCUCACCGGUGGCGAGGAUAUGCGAAUUCAGCUGAGUUUAGUGAGCAAAACAUGUCUGGAUAAAAUCGGCAAUUUCGAACUACAAGAACGAGGCGAAAUCUUUAUAAAGGGAAAAGGGGCGAUGAAAACGUACUGGUUAAUUGGAGAAGCAGGUAAUGUGGAGCUGGAAGAAAUGCGGGAACGUUUCGAGCACGGUCUGGACGAUUUGGAGUCUGCUACAGAUGAGCAAGGUCACGAAGAAUCCGAAUAGACAUUUUGGACGACCAAGGCACCAUAAACGUAGAUAGCUCAUCCCGAAAGUUGAAUAGUAUCUGUUGCUCAAAACUGUCCGUAUAAAACAAUUACCGCGGUUGCACUUUGGAAAUUCUUACUAAUAAUAUGGACUGAAUACGCGAUCUUUAUGACAAUUUAUCAGCUAUUUCCAAUAAUUGCAAGAAAAAUAAGUUAUUCUGAGUAAAUGCGUAAA